AUGCCCCAGCAGCAAGAGCAGCAGCAGCAGCAGCAGCAGCAGCAGGAGCAGCAGCAGGAGCAGCAAUGGCUGCCGUUAGAAGGUACACCUGAGGUACUAGAGCCUUAUCUAUUUGCAUUGGGGGGCCCCCGUGAGGUGAGCUCCGAGGGGGCCCCCCAGGGGGGCCCCCAGGGGGGCCCCCUGGGGGCCCCCCUGCUGCAGAUAGAAGAUGUACUGUCUCUGGAGCCGUGGGCCCUUGAUAUGCUGGAGUGUACAGACACCGCAGCGCUGCUGCUGCUGUUCCCUCUAACAGCAAACGAUGAGGAGGAGAGGCAGCAGCAGCCGCUGCAGCAGCAGCAGGAAGAAUAUGAUGGGGAGCUGAUGAAGACAGUGUGGUUUGUUAAACAGGUGAGACGUGGGGUUUAG